AUGAGAAGAGGUGUGGAAGUUGUUGACAAACACAAAAUUUUACAAGUGGUGGAGGAUGGAAAUGUUGCUGAAUUGUUAAAGUUUGAUUUGGCUCCGAUCAUUAAUGAUUUUUAUUUCAAUUCUUACCAAUUUAAGGUAUUUUCGUUGGGAAAAACCUUGUUGUAUGUAGCUUGCGAGAGGGGACAUUUGGAAAUCGUUAAAUUAUUGUUGACUGUCCCGAAUGUUGAUGUCAAUUUAGGAUCUAAAGUUCUUUAUAAACAAAAAAAAUAUGAAUAUGACAAAUUACCAAAUAGUCACAUUAUUGUUUUUAAAGAUAUCAUUAAUAUUAUUGCACCUAAAUUCUUGGAAAAUGUAUUGCUAAAUGAGGAGUUUAUUCGAUCACUUAACAAUAGUGAAUCUGAAAUAUUACAAUUACUGAUAGAUAAAUUAAUUUACAAUCCAGAAAUCACAUUUACAACUAUCAAACAAAAGUUAUUUGUAUUAUUUAUAUUGGAUAAAGUAUCAAAUGAAAUGUCUAAAUUUCAAAAUGAGUUAUUGGAAUCAAUUAUUUCCAUGAUCGAUAUGAAAAGUGUGUUAAAUAUUGUCUACACAAUUACUAAUUAUCAGAAUAGAGAUUCUGAUAACAAUAAUUCCUAUUUGAAUCAAAUCAAAGAAUACUGUUUGGAUUUUGUUGCAUUUUAUUCUAAUACACCUGAAUAUGAUCAAUACUUUGAGAAUAAUGAUAGAGCUAUUCCAUAUUUUAAAACUCUGGUUAAACGAAGAUCCUAUCCAAAGAUCAACGUUAAUAUGAAUUCAGUUGAACCUCUAAAAGUUAGCAAACAUCCAGGAAUUGUCAAGUUAAUUCAUUAUGAAGAAAAUGAUAAUAAUGUACAAUUAUUUUUGGAACUGAUGAAAAGUUUUAAAGAUGAAACAAAUUCUUUUAAUGAUUUUGGAGGACAAGGUUAUGGACAAAUAUUUCAAAUUAUGUUCAUUGCUUUGAAAAUUGCUCAAACACUUGAAUUUUUGCAUAGUGAAAAAAUCUAUCAUCACGAUUUAAAACCUUCCAAUAUUCUCUAUUCAACAAUUACUAUUAAUGGAAUUGAAUAUGUGAAUGAUGUAAAACUAACAGAUUUUAGCGUAGCAAAGGAGUCAGCAAAAUAUUUGACAACACUAACUUCAAUCUAUGGUACUGCGGGCUAUAUGCCUCCAGAGAUUGCUGAAAUGGUAACAGGUGCGGAAAUAGGUAACACAAAAGUGGAUGCUUUCAGUUUUGGAGUUACACUGAAUAUGCUUUUGACCAAUCAAAGCAUUGUGCGUACAAAAGAUAGCAAUACUCAGCUGCUCAAAAUCAAUUUCGUUUCUGUUGAAGAAUUAUGUAAGCAUUAUCCAUGUCUUACAGAAGAGCAAGCCAAGCUUAUCCACACAUUAGGAAGUAAAUGUGUUGAAUACAAUUUCAAGAGUAGACCUGAAUUUAAGGAAAUAGUUAACUCACUCUUGGAUGUUGUAUUCUCACUUUUCAAUUCUUUCAAAACAAGACAAUAA